AUGUUUGAGGAAUCUGUAUCUGCUAUACCUUCUAUAUGGGCUUCCAUGAACAGCUGGUUCACACCCACUGUUCUCUUUGUUCUACUCAAUCUCAUGAUUGGCACCAUUGCUAUUACUUCAAGUUUAGGCACUGAAAAACAGAGUGACCAACAGCAGCCGCCGCCACAGCAGCAGCUAGCUAGAUCUCCAUCUGUUUUACAGAGACUCAAAUCCAUCAAUUUCUAUUCCUACAGAUCCCCGGAUCCCACAAGUCAUACCUUCCAUGAUCAGACACCCCAAGAAACUGAGACCCAUUUUGCCUUUCAACAAACACCCCUACACCCUCAGCUCACUACAUCUCCUUCUGUCUUGCAGAGACUGAAGUCAAUUAAACUCUACAACUACAUAUCCCACGAAACACCAAAUACCCUGCACAAAACCCGAGAGACAGAGACACAUUUUCAAGAACAACAAGAAGAACAUACCCCAGAAGUAGAACAGGAGGAGGAGGAUGAAGACGAGAAUGAGCAAAUCCAAGAUCAAGCGCAGACCAUUGACGAGAUAUACAGCAAGCUGAAGGGGCAUAGGACUUAUUCAGACACCAAGCCGGCUUCUGGGGAGAUGCCCACAAAAUUACCGAAGAAGAUGAAGAAAUGGGCGAGUGCCAAGUUGGCUAAUGCGCAUUUCGAGGAUGAGGACAUCGUGGAGGCUCGUCGUCCGGCGACUGUGAGGGAAGGGAGGCCUAAAGUAACUGAGGCGGACGACGAGGUGGAUGCCAAGGCUGAUGAUUUCAUCAACAAAUUUAAGCAACAGCUGAAGCUGCAAAGAAUCGAUUCGAUAAUCAGGAACAAGGAUAUGAUCAGUAGAGGCAGUGGAAAGUAA